GCCAAGAGCAUCAGCGCCUGUCUACAGAGACACGAUAGACUUGGGGCUUAACCACAGAGGUCCGGAGAUGGGAAAUAUGGCCGGGGUUCUGCUGGCUGGUGUUAAGAGUCUGACUGGGUAAGCUUCUGGCAACAAUUUCCAGAAACGACGGUGCGCUUGAAUGUGGGGAGGAAGGCCCCAAGACUGACUGAUUGAAUAAGAUGGCCCGCCCAUCGUCUUAAAUUGAUCUUUGCAGGUGCGGAAGUGAAUAAUAAGGCUAGCCCAGCCUCCCGUCACCUCCCCUCACCCAGGGCAGCCCGAGCUAGGGUCAGCUCAGCAGCAGCACAGCCUCUGCUCGCCCGCGGCAGUGGAGGUAGUGCGAACCAUUGCUGUAGGGGGUGCUGUGGAGACUUAGUUGCGGUCAAACUCGCUUGUGCGUCAUCGGACACGGGGCCGGGCCUCUGGAACCCGGAAGCUGGGGACCCACGUGGUAGUCUGGGAGGCGACUGUCUUGGCUUGGUUGGAAGAUUGUGGGCAAUCUUUGAGCGAGGCCUCGGGGACAGUUUGUCCUACGCGAGGGGAACGAGGUGUGGGAGGCCAGCGGGUCCUCUGCAACCGUCUGUUAGUGGAGUCCCGGGCGCAACUGGAGCUAUGCGACUGCUCUGGCCUGUCGGGUGCUUCGGUCGCCGGAUCGUCCGUCAUUUCUCCCAGGUGGCGCGGCCUGGCGGGGAGGAGCUGAGCCGCCUGCUUCUGGAUGACCUGGCACCGACCCAGAGGCUGGAACGUCUGUUCGGCCUGUCCCCGUGCCUCCUGGCCCUGCGGGCCGACCGCCGGAGCGUGACCCGGCUUCUGCUCCAGGCGGGUAAAGCUGGGCUGCAAGGGGAGCGUACCGAGCUGCUCCGGGUGGCUGAGGCCCGGGGCAUCCCUGUCCUGAGGCCCAGGCGGCAGAAACUGGACGCCUUGUGCGGCCACCAGGUGCAUCAGGGCGUCUGCAUGGAGGUGAGCCCCCUGCGACCCCGGCCUUGUGAUGAGGCCACAGAGGCGAGCCCGGGCGACGACCCUCAGCAACUGUGGCUCGUCCUUGAGGGACUCCAGGAUCCCCGGAAUCUUGGGGCUGUGCUGCGCUCCGCUCACUUCCUCGGAGUAGACAGAGUCAUCACCAGUCGGAGAAACAGCUGCCCGCUUACUCCAGUAGUCAGCAAGGCCAGCGCUGGGGCUAUGGAGGUGAUGGACGUGUUCGCCACUACUGACCUGGCCGGUUUUUUGAAGGCCAAGGCCCAGCAGGGCUGGCUCGUGGUGGGCACAGUGGGCUGCCCAGGUCCUGAGAUCUCCCAGUCCUUCAAGGUCCCCAUCACUAGCUGCCUAGAGUUCAUCUGGGACCGGCCUACUCUCCUUGUGCUGGGCAAUGAGGGCUCUGGUCUGUCCCAGGAGGUUCUUGCCUCCUGCCAGCUGCUCCUUACUAUUCUGCCCAGGCGCCAACUGCCUCCCGGUCUUGAGUCCUUGAAUGUGUCUGUGGCCACAGGAAUUCUUCUACACUCCAUUUGCAGCCAGAAGAAGGGCUUUUCUGCACAGACCGAGAAAGGACAACUUCCCCAAGACACUUGAGAACCCUUAGCUACACCUGGAGGACUCAGAGAGGCCCAGUACCCAGGACUGCCACUGUGGUCGGAAAAACAGGCUCAAAGUGGGCUCACCUCGACUGAGAUACACCUGUGUAGGAAUUGGACCGAGUCGCAUGCCGAUUCUCACGCAGGCUUGAAGGUGCCAGGUUCUCUGCCUGUGAGAGCCUGUUUAUUGGCUAUGGUCAGUGGAGACCAAGAGGGUGGGGUGUCAUUUCCAUUUGGAAAUGGUAGUUUGCUAAUUUCCAGGAUGUGUUAAGACAGACGGUGUCUGUCCUGGAUCUUUCCUAGGAGGAGUCAAAGGGCUGUCUUGGCAUGAGAAAGAAUGGGUAGUCCUGUGCAGGGUGUGUGGUGUGUGAGCGUGAGGAUGUAGAGGGAAGUUGAGUGGACUGGUGCUCAUCCCUACUCCUCCCUACUCCUCCGGGUGAUGAGGAUGAAGUAAAUGAGGGGUUCCCUCCAGUGAGUGCCUUACAGCUGAGCUGUCCUGCCCUGUCUCUCCAUUAGGUGGCAGUAUUGCUCUUUGUGUCACAGUUUUGAUGUACACACACACACACACACACACACACACACACACACACACACAGACAGGCGCGUGCCUGGUAGAACCUAUGACUCAAAGCUCUUGCUUCUGAAUCUGAGAGGUUAUGAAGUUAGGGUCACUAUUAUGUAAUUCUAAAUAGGCUUGGUCCCCUCCUCCAGGGUCCCACGAGUGGAUAAAAAAUGUGAUAUUGCAGAAUAGUGUUACACUCUGGGCUGCACGUUGGAACACCUAAUAAGCAUUAACAGAACAAGGCCAAUAUAGCAGCCACUGUGUGAUGCUGAGAAGGGUGGGUAAACCCUGGGCAGUAGGAUUUUCUUUCUUUCUUUUUUUCCUUUUUGAGACGGGGUUUCAUAUACUAUGUACCUAGGGUGUCCUGAAACUUGUCCUUUAGCUGAAGAUUACCUUGAACUUUUGAUUCUCCUGCCCCCACGUCCCAAGUGCAAGAAUUCAAGACAUCCCCCACUGUGCCCUCUUUAUAUGUAGCUGCGGGUAGUUCCAGGACUCUGCGCAAGCUAGACAAGCUCUCUACUUACUGAGCUCCAUCUGAGCCCUAGGCUGGAUGAUCCUUUGCUGUAGGAUCAUCAACUGUCCCGAGCACGAUGCGAUGUCCCCACUAGACUCCAGGAGGUCUGUAUCCUAUCUCCAGUUAUGAAACAAAGCUGUCCUCACAUGACCAGAUAUCUCUGACUGACAGCCCUGAGUGUGGAAUGGAGGACCUCCCUGAGUUGUAAUCCCUGAGGCUGUGAGACUUGGGACAAGUCACCUCCAUGCUCUCUAUCCUUGUAGGAUAUAAAGAACAAUGGGAGCUUGGUGCCCGUUUCCUCUGCAAUCUCCCUGGGGUAGGAUCCCAACAGCAGUGAGCACUUAGUACACGGUUUGAAUUUGUUUGCAGAAGGCCUGGAGUCCUUGCUUUUCUUGCUGCUGUUGAAAAUACCGAACAAAAGCACCUAAAGGAAGGGUUUCUUUUGGCUCAAGUCUGAGGAAACGUUUUCAUUUCCUCAUAGUGGGGGAAGGCAUAGCAGCAGGAUGGGUGUGAGGCAGGAGCUGGGGCCCUGGAUUGGGUGCUGGGGCCCUGGAUGCGGGUGCUCGCUCACUCUCUCUCCUUCCCCUGUUCAUUUAGUUCAGGGCUCCUGUCGUGGGGCGGUGCUGCCCACAUUCAGAGAAAGCUGUCCUUCCUGUUAGUCCUGUCUGAGAACACCCUCAAAGACAUGCCCAGGGGUGAGCCUCCCAGGUGAUCCCAAAGACAGGCAAAUGGUCAGUGAAGAUGAGCCGUCACAGGUCCCAUGGUCCCGUAAAGUUUUUCUCCUAAGGAAAGACGGAGAACCCUUCACCACCAUUCCCCCAGCUCCCCACCUUGAGCUGUGUGUCCCCAGCUGCCACACAAGCUCUGAUGACCGCUGAGCUCAGGCUGUGCUGUCUCACCAACGAGCAGGGAUUUGGUUUUUGUCUUUUUAUUGUUUUGUCAAUUUUAUGAAUUCAAAUAUAGAUUUUUAGCAUUGCCUGUGCCUUGGAGUCAUGGGGUAGGGAAGGGGUUGUCUUGUUAAUGCCCAGAAGCACCAGAUCAAUUAAAUAACAGUCUCCAGGAAGGAGCCAGGGGUUCCUCUUGA